ACUCUCCGCAUAGGAGACCUUCCUUUAACAAUAGUGUUGAAUAAAACAGCUCAACUGAAAAAGAAAUCUUAUGCAUACAUACCCUUUCGAGCCAAGCAAACACAUAAAACACUCUACCACUAUAUAUAACUAUGACUAAGAGAGAGAGACGUCAUCUCCUUGCAAACAUAAAUUGACACAAAGAAUUCUGCCUUGAUUCUUUCCUUGCCCACUUUGAGACUGAUAAUACAAAAUUACAAAAUGGGGAGCAAAAAACCAAGAGUUGUGAUAAUCGGAGGCGGAAUGGCAGGCCUCACCGCCGCCCACAAGCUCUACACAUCCACCACCUCCUUCGACCUCCACGUGGUGGAGGGCGGCACCAGAAUCGGCGGCCGGAUUAACACCUCCCAAUUCUGCGGCGACCGCGUCGAGCUUGGGGCCACCUGGAUCCACGGCAUCCAAGGCAGCCCUAUUUACAAAAUAGCUCAAGACACAACCCUCCUCCACUCUCACCACCCAUGGGAGUGCAUGGACGGCUUUCCCCACGUUCCGCUCACCGCCGCCGAGGGCGGCCACCACCUCCAUCCGUCCCUCCUCACCCCCAUCUCCAACCUCUUCAAAAAUCUCAUGGAUUUUAUUCAGGGAAGAGACUGCCAAGCAGCUUCUUCUUCUUCUUCUUCUGCUCAGAUAAUCAAGCACUGCAUCGAUCGGAACCGGAAUCUCAGCGUCGGUUCCUUUCUGAGGAGCGGUCUCGACGCUUAUUGGGGCGUCUCGCCCACGGAAGACACGCGCAGCGUUGGCAAGUGGCGGAGGAAACCGCUGGAGGCGGCGGUCUUCGCGAUGCAUGAGAACACGCAGAGGAGUUUCACGGCGGCGGAUGAUCUGCACACCCUGGACUACGAAGCGGAGCGCCACUACGUCAUGUUCCCCGGGGAGGAGAUCACCAUCGCCCGAGGCUACUCCGCCGUGAUUGACUCCCUGGCGUCGGUUUUACCUGCCGGAGUCGUGCAAUUAGGCCGGAAAGUUGAGAAAAUCGAGUGGAGAUUGGUCGGCGAUAGUAGCCGGCCGGUGAAGCUGCAUUUCGGCGACGGAUCGACUCUCUCCGCCGAUCACGUGAUCGUCACCGUCUCUCUUGGGGUACUCAAACGUGGGAUCGGGGAGGAUCGCAGCAUGUUCGAUCCUCCCUUACCCAGUCCCAAAAUCCGAGCCAUUAAGAGGCUCGGAUUCGGGGUUGUCGACAAAGUCUUUGUGCAGCAGAGUAGCGGCUGCGAGUUGCCCUCGUUGCAGAUGGCGUUCCAUGCGGCGGAUUCAGAGCUGCGGAACCCCUCUAUUCCUGAGUGGAUGAGGAGGACCUCCGCCAUAUACCCUAUCUACAGAGGCUCUAGAGUUUGUCUGGCAUGGUUUACGGGGAAGGAGGCUCUGGAGGUGGAAGAUCUGAGCGAGGAGGAGAUCAUCAAUGGCUUCUCGGCCACCGCCUCCGAUUUUCUCUCUCUCGAUUUCAAGUUCGGGAAGGCGUUGAGGACACGGUGGGGGACUAACCCCCUCUUCUUCGGCUCCUACAGCUACGUCGCCGUCGGGUCCACCAUAGCCGAUAUGGAUACAUUGUCAGAGCCGUUGCCGGAGGAGCUCGGCGGCUCCACGCCGCGGCUGCAGAUUAUGUUUGCCGGAGAAGCGACGCACGCGGCGCAUUACUCGACUACGCAUGGCGCUUACUUCAGUGGCCUUAGAGAAGCUAAUAGGCUUCUUCAACACUAUAAUAUUAAUGUUGCUUCUCUAUGAAUUUUAUUACUCUAUUUUGUAGUGAUUGAGAUUAAUUAGUCCUAGAGUCUUUUUUUUGGCUUCCGACAUCCGUUUUGGAGAUAAUUUUUUUAUCUUUGAUGAGCUUAUUCUACUUCUAGUGUUGCUUCGAUUAAUGAUCAAUUGCAUGGUGUAUCGUUUCGUA